GACAGUGACCUGGAAUAGAUUUGAAUACUUCUGUCACAUAGAACUACUAAAAUAAAUUGAAAAAAACCAUCCCCAACACACACACACACACUAGCAAAACCGUCCCCCCCUCUCUCUAUUCUUGUGUUGAAAUGAAGUGAAAAUUUAGAGAAACCCCAUCUUCAAAGUUCACAACUUUUCAAUUCAAAGUUCAAGAAAAACCAUAUUUAGAGUAGUUACAUUUCCUUAAAUUCAGAUUCUUGUUUGUUUUGCAAGUGUUUUUCUUUUCUUUCACAAGAUUGUCUCAGAUCCCUUGUGGAUUUCAUGGGUUUGUGAUCUUUUUAAGGUUGUUUAGGAUUUUGGUUGGAAAUUUGGAAACUUUAUAGAGCAUGAUGGAUGUUGUUAACAACAUAGCUGUUUCUGGAAAUGGGUUGGGCUUUGGAAAUGGAGUUCACCAACUUCCAGAAGGUGUUGCUGGCAUACCCAAUGGGAUGAUGCCUCAUGCAAGUUCCAGUAAUGAAGAACUGGGGAGGAGUUUCCAGAGCACUGUCGUAUUGACUGAUAGUGAAACAGUUGGAUCUUCUGUCCAAGAAGUCAGUAAUGAAACUACGAUAACCGUAGAAAGCAAUGCUGGUGUCAGUUCUGAGGAACAUCAAGCAAAAGAAUCUGAUGAGGGGACGAACAGUAAAGAGCAAAAGACUCCAGUUAGGGCAAGGAAUAUUAAGAAUUCAAGCCCCAAAAAUGGUGCAGCCAAGAAAAGUAAAGAUGGAAAAGAUUUAUCGAGCAGUACCCUUGCCUCCAAAUCACGUCCUAAACAGCCAUCUUCGAUUGAUGCAAAGGGUAAAUCAUUCAGUGACAAGAAAACUGCUGAGUACUAUUCAAAACCUGCAUUGCCUCAUCUAAAUGUUAAUUGUGCUAAGCAGCAACCUGGUCACGCUGAAGUAGCAUCACCAUCUCCAAGUGCUGCACAGUCUGAAGGCCUUAAGGAAAAAACUAAAGUGAUGCCUUUGAAGAAAGUACCGCCUAAUAAAGCUGAUGGAAGUGCAGAGUCAUCCUCCAGUCCUACUGCUGCAUCAGAUGCCAAACCUCGCAAAGUAGGUGCUCUUCCGACUUACAAUAUCAGUUUCAAGUGUGAUGAAAGAGCUGAGAAAAGGAAAGAGUUUUACUCCAAGCUUGAAGAAAAAAUCCAUGCACAGGAAGUUGAGAAGAAUAAUAUACAAGCCAAGACAAAGGAAACUCAGGAAGCUGAGAUCAAAAUGCUAAGGAAGAGCUUGAAAUUUAAAGCAACUCCCAUGCCAAGCUUCUAUCAGGAACCUGCACCUCCAAAGGUGGAGUUGAAGAAGAUUCCGCCAACGAGAGCUAAAUCCCCCAAACUUGGGAGGAGAAAGAGCUCUCCCACCAAAGAAAGAAGCAAUGAGAGUGUGAUGCGCCCAGGUAGAUUAAGCUUGGACGAAAAUGCAUCUCAAAAUAACCCCGUCAAAGGCCAUUCUCCUCUCAAUGUUAAGAAGCCUCAAAGGAAGUCACUUCCAAAGCUUCCAUCUGAGAAAACCAACUUAUCCAAUGAAACAAAAAAGACUUCCAUUCGCAAAUCUAGCUUACCCAAGGAACCAACUGAAGCUAAUGCUUUACCCAAGGAAACGAGUGAAGUGUCUUCUCAACCAAACAACCAACACGAGCAAACUACUGAACAUGUUGCAGUUGGUCAAGAGUCUGAAGUUGUAUCAGCUGUUGAACUGAGCCAGACCGAGACUGGUGUUGAAGCUCAAAUAGAGGCUAAUCUGGUGCAGGAACGCAUUUCAAUUGAGCACUAGAAGCAACUACUGAAGUUGAAUAUAUACUUAUGGAGCAAUCUGCAAAGGUAUGAAUAAGAUUUGGUUUUAUUUGAGAAGUGAAUGCACUUGAUAUUGUACUAGGCAAACAUCACCAUUUUGUCAAUAGUCAGCAGCAAGGUUGAAUUUCUAGUGUUCUAUCUUCUUGUGGUCAUCAGAAAUGCAGGCUACUUGCCUCUGUCAUCUAAUGUUGAGUAGCCAGAAAUCCUUGAGAAUUUUGUCUUUUCUAUUAGUCCAAUAUCCAAGUACUUUGCAGUUGCAGAAAACUUGGGACAGUUUGGGCAUGUACUGGCUGCUGAAACUUUUCUGUUGAACCAAAUGGUUGUUGUUUGUUUAUUGAGGUGUACUUAUAAAUUACAUACCUUACAUGA